AUCAUUCAUUUCGAGCUCUGUUUUUAUUUUGAUUCCCAAAAAUCUCCACGUAAGAUGGAUUUAAAUUAUAACAACGAUCGAGUCCUGCAGAUUUUAAAGCUUCCCGAGGGUCAAUUUGACGACACGUCAGAGAACCAUGAAUACCUUCAGAAACUUUGCUCGAUGUCUUUGUCGCAAUUGAAGAAGGAAAGAGCCUCUUUGGAAGACGGAACUCAGCAAAUUGUGAGCCAAACAGAGGACAUUGCAAUCUCCAAUUACAAAACUUUCAUCAAAGCUUCCGAGUGUUCGCGAGAUAUCCACAAAGGAUUCCAACAAACGACAGAAAAACUGGACAAAUUAUUGGCAAAACUCCCAGAAUUUCAAGAAAAAUGCGAUAAAUUUGUGAAUGUCUCGAAGGAAAUUACGGAAGCGAGACGCAUUAAUGGCCUGACACUCAAAAAUAACGCGCAGUUAUUGGAGAUUUUGGAGUUGCCGCAACUCAUGAACAGCUGCAUUCGCGACGAAAAGUACGAGGAAGCGCUGGAUUUGUCGGCGUACGUUCAACGAAUGGGAAUGAAAUGCUCCAACAUUCCAAUUAUUAAUGAAAUUGUGUCAGCGGUUGAGGAAUCUUGGUAUACGAUGCUCACUCAGAUGCUGGGACAACUAAAAACGGAUAUUCAGUUACCGAAAUGCCUACAGAUCAUCGGUUACAUCAAACGAAUGCAAGCCUUCACGGAAGCUGAGCUAAAAUUAAAGUUCCUUCAACUGCGAGAUGCUUAUUUGAAGGAAGUUUUAUACGCAAUUCCCACAAAUGACCCCCAACAGCAUCUUUUACGGACUGUGGAAGUGACCAGAGUUUGUCUUUUUAACAUUAUCACGCAAUAUCGAGCGAUUUUCUUGGAAGAUGAGCCUUUGACGAAGUCAGAUGCAGCAACAGUAAAUGUCGAAUCCAGUAAAAUCUUCCAUUCGUGGCUCCAUGAAAAGAUUGACGAGUUUCUUGUGACGCUAGAACAGGAUUUAGCUCGCGGAGUUGCUUCCUUAGAGACUUGUUUAGGUCAAUGCAUGUACUUUGGCCUCUCCCUAAGUCGCGUAGGAGCCGAUUUUCGUGGAUUAAUGGCUUCGAUAUUUAUUCGGACCAUCACCAAAAAAUUCACGGAUGCCGUUUUUCAUUGUACGAAGCAGUUUGAAGCGGAUAUUGAAGCUUAUACGUUGAUCAAUAAGCCGGCAGGAGCGAUGCGACGACGAAAAACAUCCACAGAAACGAUGGAAGGGAACCAACCGCCGGAAACUUUGCUCGAUUUUUAUCCACUUGGCAUUUACACGAAUGGACUGCUGACAAUUUUCAACGAUUUACGGGUUUGUUCGCCGAUCGCGAUUGCAGAUUCCGUCACGAAAACCAUGCAAGUGUCUCUCGAAACGGUGGCGAGGAAUAUUUUGAAUUUUUAUAAGCAGGAACAGCAGGCGUUUACUCCAACGGAACGCGAUCACUUUUUCAUGCUGAUUACGAGUUUUGCCUACGAUCUCGUGCCGUACAUCCAGAGGUGCAUUCACUUCAUUUUUCCGCCAAACGUGCUGGCAACGAAUUUGGGCAUCAAUGUGUUGCAGUUGCAAAAGGAAAGUCUCACUUAUUUGAGACAAAAACAAAUUUUGGAGCCGUUGCAGCAUUUGUUGCCGAAUAAGAUUGAUAUGUUGAGUAAUUUGACGGAGAAUUUGAGUGUUGAGGAUCCUGUAGAAGUUGUCAGUCAAUCCUAAAAAAAAAAUAAAAAGCAUUAAUUCUUAUUUUUUAGACAAAUGUGUUAGGCAAAAAUGUUUCAAAAAUUUUUAUAUUCGUUAUUUUGUAAAAAUUUUACUAUUUCAUAGUUUUAAAUUAAUCUAAAAAAAUAAAAAAAAACUGCAUUAAGUUAAAAAUUAAUUUUUUUUUUAUCAAAAUUUACCAAAAAUUUUAAAAUUUUGAAAAAAUAUUUUAUUAUAUUUUUCAUAUUUAUUUAACCGAUUGAAAGCU